AUGGCGGAUGAGCCGCUGCGGGCGCAGCAGUUUGGGACGGAAGAGUUUGAUGUCACGGACUGCGGCACACAGUUCUGUUGCUGUGGGUCGAAGAUCCUCACACUGGAGCCCGAGGAGGCCGUGCUCAAGACCACGACCUGCAUCGGCGGCUCCACCAAGCGGCUACCCUACGGCGACCUCGGCAGCGUGGAGAAGCUGGAGGCUUGCGGCUGCUGCGCCAGCUUCAGGUCCAACCUGAGCCCGGAUGACGACAAAGGCAACAAGGUGCCGAUAGCGCUGGGCGCGGCUGCAGCGGCGAGCUGGUCACGAAUGUCGUGCAAGAGUUGA